CUUGCUCCCAAAGCAUUUUACACGGGCGGAGUCGUCCCGUUUAUCGAUAGUGUACGGACCGUUACAGUUGGCGAAUUAAUCUUUACCUACUUAAAAAAAAAUGUUGGUCGAGUGAAUGUAAACUUUUUUUAGGUACUAGAUGUGUUUAGCGUUAGGAAUCAUUGCAAGGAUAUAUUUUGCCAUUGUAUCAACCGAAUUGGAAUUGUACACGGCAAGGAGUAUUCAUUGACUCUUCAGCACGCAGCCCCUUCCAUGCAAAUCUGAGGGGCGUUUUCAAGGCCAGUGCUGCGGGCCACGGAUGGGAACGUACUGCUCGCCUCGAGGAACCACAGCGGUGGGGUGAAUAGCAGUGUUUCAAGAAUGACCUGAACGGUAGAGAAUGUAGCAAAGAGAAAAAAUCCCAAUUGUUCAGCUAUUACAUUUCGUGGUUACGGGUGUUUUUGGCAACUGUGUCCUUUGCUCACACGUUGCUUGAUAUAGAAACCCCAGAGACAAACUAUUAUCGAUAGAAAUACUGUCUAUCAAGUGGUUUAGGGGUCUGUAUUUUUACUCAGAAGAACACAGUGAAACCAAGUGGUCACCAUGAGUGCGGAAGGGUAUCAGUACAGAGCGCUUUAUGACUACAAGAAGGAACGAGAGGAGGACAUUGACCUGCAUGUUGGGGAUAUAUUGAUGGUGACCAAAGGGGCCCUGGUGGCUUUUGGGUACAGUGAAGGACUUGAGGAGAGACCAGAGGAUGUUGGCUGGCUGCCUGGCUUUAAUGAAACCACUCAGGAAAAGGGGGACUUCCCAGGGACAUAUGUCGAGUUCAUUGGCAAGAAGAAGAUCUCUCCUCCCACUCCCAAACCAAGGCCCCCCAGACCGUUACCAGUGGCACCACGCUCCUCCAAGACAGACUCAGAUUGUGAACAAGCCUUGGUACUGCUGGACCUGACGGAGCAGUUUGCCCUCCCAGAGACGGCCCCCCCCAUGCUGGCCAGACUACUGGAGGCCAUCGAGAGGAAAGGUUUGGAUAACCCCACGCUGUACCGCACCUUCACAGCUGGCGGUGGACUGGAGGUCAGACAGUGCUUUGAGAUCGACCCCCCCUCAGCAGAGCUUGACCAGAUGGAGCUACCGAUGCUGUGCGACGGUCUCCGUAGAUACCUGCAGGACCUGCCCCAACCGGUCAUCCCUGCAGCCAUCCACUCUCAGAUGGUCAGCGCAGCCCAAGAGACACAGACCCCCGAGGAGUGUUCCCGCCUCCUGAGAAGCAUCGCCAGCUCCCCCACUCUGCCAGCCCAGUACUGGCUCACCCUCCACUGCCUGCUGCGACACUUCUCCAGGGUGUGCCGCAACGGGCCCAAGAACCUGCUCAGCGCCAGGGCACUGGGAGAGAUCUUCAGCCCGGUGCUCCUCAGACAGCAGGGUACCAGCUGUGAACCCAGCCCAGAAGCCCACAUCAAGAUCAUUGAGACUCUGGUGACCAGCGAAUGGAGUGAAAGCCAGGCAGCUCCAGCCCUACCUCCAAAGCCGCCUAAGCCUGCACCUGGGACUAACAACGGGAUGAACAACAACAUGGCCCUGCAAGACGCCGAGUGGUACUGGGGAGACAUCUCCCGGGAGGAGGUGAACGAGAAGCUAAGAGACACGGCGGAUGGGACUUUCCUGGUCCGGGACGCCUCCACCAAGAUGCACGGAGACUACACUCUGACUCUGAGGAAAGGAGGCAACAAUAAGCUCAUCAAAAUAUUCCACCGAGACGGAAAGUACGGCUUCUCGGACCCGCUGACCUUCAGCUCGGUGGUGGAGCUCAUCAACCACUAUCGCAACGAGUCUCUGGCUCAGUACAACCCCAAGCUCGACGUCAAGUUGCUGUACCCCGUCUCCAAACACCAGCAGGAUCAGGUGGUGAAGGAGGACAACAUUGACGCCGUGGGGAAGAAGCUUCACGAGUAUCACCUGCAGUAUCAGGAGAAGAACAAGGAGUACGACCGGCUGUACGAGGAGUACACCAGGACCUCACAGGAAAUCCAAAUGAAACGGACGGCGAUCGAGGCGUUUAACGAAACCAUCAAGAUCUUCGAGGAGCAGUGCCAAACCCAGGAGAGGUACAGCAAGGAGUACAUUGAGAAGUUCAGGAGAGAAGGCAACGACAAGGAGAUCCAGAGGAUCAUGGGUAACUACGAGAAACUCAAGUCUCGGAUCAGCGAGAUUGUGGACAGCAAGCGUCGCUUAGAGGAGGACCUCAAGAAGCAGGCCGCAGACUACAGAGAGAUCGACAAGAGGAUGAACAGCAUCAAGCCUGACCUCAUACAGCUGCGAAAGACCAGGGAUCAGUACCUCAUGUGGCUGACACAGAAAGGCGUCAGGCAGAAGAAGCUCAACGAGUGGCUUGGAAUCAAGAACGAGAACACAGAGGAUCAAUAUUCUAUGGUCGAGGACGACGAGGACCUGCCUCACCACGACGAGCGGUCCUGGAAGCUGGGGAACCUCAACCGGGUCCAGGCCGAGGUUCUCCUCCGGGAAAAGCGAGACGGAACAUUCCUGGUCCGAGACAGCAGCAAAGCCGGGUGCUACGCCUGCAGCGUUGUUGUGGACGGUGAGGUGAAGCAUUGUGUCAUCAACAAGACACCCUCAGGAUAUGGCUUUGCUGAGCCUUACAAUCUGUACAGCUCCCUGAAAGAACUGGUCCUUCACUACCAGCACACGUCGCUGGUUCAGCACAACGACUCUCUGAAUGUGACGCUCGCACACCCAGUCUACGCCCAGCAGAGACGGUGAGGGGCCUUCCACGCGUUGGGAUUCGGACAAAACCUAAAGGGGCCUCGCUCCUUGAAAACAGAGAUACAACUUGUGCUUGGACUCAAGGAUAAAAUCAAAUGUAAAAAAAAAAGGCGGUGUCUUGCCUACUAACAGACUUUUCCCCACCGUGAGAGGAAAUGAGUAGACGGAACGCGGAUGAAACCUGAAAACAUUUCAGCGACUGUGACUGACUGGGAGCAGUGGCGAGCCUGAAUGUAGUUUUGUUUCUCGCAUGCUUUUGUGGGAGCACAGAAUCAAGGGGGAAACUUCUGAACUCUCCCCCGAGCAGAGGACACAGACAUGGAGGCCUUUUCCUAACGGUGCUUGUUGUUUUUAAAGCUUUACCAGCUGGAAUGUCAAAACACAGCGGAUAAACCCUCGAGUGCAUCAGGGUUUUUGUUCAGUUUUUUCUUCACCCCUUUUGUUUCUCCUCCUCCCCCCCGACACCCUUCUGGUUCCUCCUUCUAUGUCUGUGUUCCUCUAUGUGUGUGUGUGUGUGUCUGUCUCAAUGUGUGUGUCUGUGUGUGUGUGUCCAUGUGACCAAAACUCACACUUUGAAAGCUAUUGGGGGAGGGGGGGGGAGGGGAGGGGUCUGACACAUUUUUUGUGUUACGUGUGUUAAAUGUUAGUAACAGACCAUGGAUCAGCUGAUAAAUGUAGCAAAAUGGCACUUUUGACAAAGUAUAAUCUUUUUUCUUGAAAAGACUCCUAUAGACUCCUAUAGAAUCAGGAGCAGUGGACAAGAUGACAAGAUUCCUGCUUUUCCCUUGUCAAGCAUUACAUACAGACUUAAACCUCUUCUCCACUGUGGACAAGUAAAACUAUGAAUGAAUUUGACAUGGAAAUACUUAUGUACAUAGAGGAGAAUGUCAAUGAUGAAAUUUGCCGCACCAUACCAAAAAGCUCAGUUUUUUUUUCAUUUUCUUCUAAUCUGCUAUGCAAUUCUGUACCUCCUUUAUUUCUGCAAAGUUGUUUGUAUUCUGUUGCAACCCAUGGUGUAAGCUUGUUUUAUUGCUUGAAAAGGUUUUCCCAUGUAAAUAUCCUAGUGGAUAUUUUGUGUCAAAAUGCCAAGAUAAAAACUGCUUCAGAUUUUUUAAGUAAAUAGUAACAUAUACUUUAUUACAAAUUACUCUAUCAGCAACUGGUAUAAAUAUGAAAAGAUAAGUAUUUUAUUAGUUUUUUUCUUCUUCAAAUUGUUAUUUUCAGGCAGAGCCUUUUGAGUAUUUGAAAGCUGCUUCAGUCACAAGAACUUGCUAACAGAGCCUCAUGUAGUUCUUUGUUGAAACAUGUAAAGACUUCAGUAUCAGCACUCUGUUCAUGGAAUGAUGGGAGUAGGAUUGAUGAAUGCAAUCACAAUGAUGCAUGUACACACCUUCAACCAUCUCCAAUGAAACAGUAAAGAUUUAUUUUGUUAUAAAUACCUGUCCUUACAAGGAUAUCCAAGCAAAUCGGUGUCUUGAAAUGAUGGAAAUUGUUAUUAAAAGAUCAUUUGGGAGACAUUUUAUCUUCCCGUAUACAUUGUCCACUUAGUAAUUUUUUCUGUAUCAGAAAACAAUUGUGUUUACAUGGGUGAAUGAACUCAUUUCAACUAAUCCGUAAUUGCUCAUAUGCAGAACACAUCUUACGCCAAUAAUUGAAGGUUCUGUUAUUUAGAGAGAACCACAUCUUGGUUUUCAAACCCCUAGUCAUGUUAUGAUAUUAUUGGCACUCUUUAUUCCAGUUUUCAAGUGUCUGAAAAGGAGUAUAAGUAUCCGCUGUGUGCAUAAUUCAGAGGUCAGACGUUUGAUGAUCUGGUGCAUUAGCAGAUGAUUGAGAAAUUUAGAAAUUCUGUCCGCAGAGUGCUUAACAUAGUUCCCUACCUUUUAAGCCCAGUCCAUUAUUUUAUAAACAAUAUUAUUUUAGAUAUUUUGUUCAAAGUAGGCCUAAAUGCCUAAAACGAUUUAGAUUUGAUCUACUCUCGUGAUCACAUUUGGCAAGUUUAACAUUAUGCGUCGUCUAUAUCUUUGAGUAACAUAAAAUUAAUUGGUAGUUAGACAAUUAACCUAUUAAAAUUUGUACUUUAAUUUCCCUUCCUAAUUUUCCUUUCACGUAUGGCAAAUGUCAUUUUCAGUCUUCUAUGUUAUACCUGAUUAUGGUCUGUACUUGAUUUUCUUCACAUGAACUGUCCAUCAGUCUUCUCUACAAUUUGAUGGAGGAACCGGAGACAGACCCAUAGAAUGUAUUAUUUUUAUUGAAAGAGAAGCUGACAGUGAUACAGUAGGUCAAUUUGUAUUUCUUUGGUUGGAAAAGGCUUUGCAUUCAUUUACAGGACAAUAAAUAGGGUGCCUUUUGGCAUUAAAUCUGUUUAUACAGCAAUUUAUUUUCCUACAUAAGUAACCCAAUAAUAAUGUGAACCUAUAUGGCAGUAGAUGUCACUUAUUGCAAAGUUUAAAGAAAUACAACCUUUUCCAGGGCAAGUGGUGGAAAGGUAUGCACACUGAAGCAAUGUCUUGUAUCAGUGUUUGACCAAAUUAUCAUUGUUUUGAACUCUAAUUUUGUGCUCUUUUUAAUAAAAUUUGGACUACUAAAUAGAUCAAGAACAUGUCUAUCUUUUGGAUCUACUGUUGUCGUAUCUGGGACAAAUCCUAAAGCUAAAUAAUUUUUAUUUUUAUCGUCCCCUGGUUCUGUGACCAUGGAGUCUUUUUUUCUUUCACUUUGUCAAAUAGCUGUCUUUCUCUAAACUGUUCUGCAUUGUUUUGAGGUUUUUUUUUUCCCUCCACCCUCUGGGCUCUAAAACUAUUUCAUUUUAUAGUCAUCCUUUGAGGUGAUUGUCACAGAAACAAUGAGAAUGAGAUUUACCAGUGUUCCCCGGUUUUGCUUCAAACCUGUAUUGGACUUUGUUAAUUGAAAAUAAAACAGUUGUUUUUAAGAAAAAGGUCA